GGGAAGCCGCGCCCGGAGGCGGCUCGCCGGACUUGCUGCCGCGCUGCCCCGGCCAUGCUGCCUGCCGCCGGGCGCCUGGGCAGGCUGGUGGCUGCGGGGCGGCUCUGCACCCCGCCGGCCCGGCCCCGCGGCGCCGAGAGGAGCAGCAGCUCGGGGGCUGCCGGCGCGGCUGAGAAGAACAAAAUGCCUGCUGGUUACAAACCUUCACCGUUUGAUAAAAAAAUCCUCAUGUGGGCAGGACACUUCAAGGCUGAAGAGGAUAUUCCUCCAAGGGUCCCGCAUGAAAUGCUGGAUUUUGCAAGAAGUAAAGCUCGAGUAAGAGUCUGUUACAUCAUGAUUGGACUUACAAUUGUAGCCUGCUUAGCUACAAUUGCAUCUGCUAAAAGAGCUACUGAACACCAGGAGUCCUUAAUAAGUGGGAGACUAGCCAAGAAAGCCAAAUGGCAUGAAGAGGCUGCAAGAGCAGCAGAGUCAAAGACUAAAUAAUCUUUAAAACUUGUGCAGCUGCUUGCAGGAGCAAACUUUAAAAAACCUGAACAAUUCCUUUGUAUUAGCAAUUUUCUCCAUUAAUGAGACUGCUGUAUUAAUAAAACUGAUAAAUUAGAGCGCACAUAAAGUUG